GCACUUGAAUGGAAGAGCGAACGUUUACCCUCACUGCCGCAAUCGGGAACAUUUUUUUAUUAUGGCACUUGCGCGGCUCACAAACAAUAUUCGUUGAUUAAAAUUCAUUGGAAAUUAUUGCCGAACGUCGAAGACUCCGCCAAUUGAAGUGUACGCUUAAAACGAUCGCCGUGCAGGAAUCAGAAGUGUCCCAAUAACAGCUAUUUUUCCCGCCGCUUUCUCCCCCAUCACCCCACCCCACAAGCGACGCCGAUAGAAACAUUUAAUUUGUGCAAAUAGCCGAAACCCACACGGUCGGCCAUCAAAUAUUAUGAAAUGGGAGCAUUGAUCCCCCGAAUCAGAGCUUAAGACCACUCAUCCAGGUGGAACUUGUUGCUUGAGGCUUGGUUGUAGGUCAGUGCGAAGAGGUGGCUGAUCCGGCGGCGAAAGGUGCGCACCAGGCGACGUCCGGCGACGAUACAAUGCCCUCGGCCAUCAGUGGCGCGCCACAUGCCCACAUACCCAGCAACGAGGAGUGCGGCAUCCGCGAUGUGUGGAAGCAAAACCUGGAGGAGGAGUUCCGCACCAUACGGAAAGUGGUGCAGAAGUACCACUAUGUGGCCAUGGACACCGAGUUUCCGGGCGUGGUAGCACGUCCAGUCGGCGAGUUCCGGUCCACGGCGGACUAUCAUUACCAGCUGCUGCGCUGCAAUGUCGAUCUGCUGCGGAUCAUCCAAUUGGGGCUCACCUUCAUGGACGACGAUGGAAAGACACCACCCGGCUACUCCACCUGGCAGUUUAACUUCAAGUUCAAUCUAAGCGAGGACAUGUAUGCGCAGGACUCGAUCGAUCUCCUGCAGAACUCCGGAAUUCAGUUCAAGAAGCACGAGGAGGAUGGCAUCGAUCCCAUCGACUUCGCCGAACUGCUGAUGAGCUCCGGCAUCGUGCUGGUGGAAAACAUCAAGUGGCUGUGCUUCCACUCCGGCUACGAUUUUGGCUACCUUCUAAAGCUGCUCACCGAUCAGAACCUGCCCCCGGACGAAUCUGAAUUUUUCGAUCUGCUGCACAUCUACUUUCCCAACAUCUUCGACAUCAAGUAUCUGAUGAAGUCGUGCAAGAACCUGAAGGGCGGCCUGCAGGAGGUGGCCGAUCAGUUGGAACUGCGGCGCGUGGGCCCCCAGCAUCAGGCCGGCUCGGAUGCUCUGCUGACGGGCAUGGCCUUCUUCAAAAUGCGUGAGAUGUUCUUUGAGGACAACAUCGACCAUGCGAAGUACUCCGGACACCUGUACGGCCUCGGAACCUCCUUCAUCGUCAAUGGCACCAACUUCCAUGAGAGCAACGGUGAGACAAACAGCGCCUCAUGAUUCGUACUGAUGGGGAACGUGGUCGUGCACGACAGGAAGUUCGAGCAGGAGGAAUCACCGGGUCCGUCGGCAUCUGUGCAGGCCACACCACCUGGCCAACUGCUCCUAGCCGCAACAACACCAAUGCAGUAAUCUGUCGACAGCCGACACAGAUCGUUCCCAUUAUAGCCACAAAGCUAACUUCUUAAUGUUUCCCACGCAAGUUCGGAUGAAAAGGCAACCGUUUGAUACGAUAACAUGGCAUAAACUAAUUGUAAAUCGCAUAGAAAUGAAAAAACCGGCAAAACUAAAAUAGAUUCAAUUUCAAGUUCUGCAUGUCUUAAAUGUGUUACGAAUACAAAACUAAGGUAUGUAAUUAAGCUAAAACUGUAAGCCAAUAAGCGAAACAGAGAAUAUUGUGUAUUUGUAAAAAAAAACAGCAAAAAAACAAUA